CUUCAGAACAGGAGGAAGAUGAAAGAUAGUGUCACAGAAGAACAUUUAUAUUUGGGUUAUUCUCAUCAGUGCAGAGACAGUAUCUUUCCUCUUCAUACAUCUAUUUCACUGUUUUUGCUAUCCUACUGUGACUGCAAAUUAUUCAAAAUUUUCCUAGUGCCGACUAGUGAAGAUGUGGAUGAUCAGUUUGUGACAAAAAACCUCCUUGGCGAUCUCAAGGUCCAUUUAAUCUCCAGAUGUCAGCUUCCAGCGGUUGUGCAGAGCUGCUGUUUACCUGCUGUUGUUGUGAAAGAUGGCAAGUUCUGCCGAGCUGGGCUUUCUGUUGUCUUGAGGCAUAUAAUACAGAAAACAUAUGAGGCAGAUCCAUCUAAAAAGGAUGUUUUGGAACUCUUAGGCUUUAAGAAGACUUGCUUAAAAGCCUGUGCUGAAGUUAGCCAGUGGACCAGACUUUGUGAGAUCAGCAUACCUCUGGCUGUUGAAGGAUUUUUGACUGCAUCUCCUGAGCACUGUCACACUAUUCCUCCUGACAUUUUACAGCUUGAAAGGAAGCUUGGAGAACCUGUCCGAGUACAUAACGAUGACAAAAUUCGAAGGCAAAAACUGCAACAACAGAAGGCAAGUGCCAAGGCGACGGUGCCUGUACUUCGGGAAGAAGCAACAGAGACAGGAACAGCCAUGGAAAUGCGUGAACGUCCACUUCCAAGUUUGGAACUGAGCAUGGCUUUCUCCAAGCUACUUGACCAGGAAGUAUCAGAGGCAGUCAACAGGGAGGCCCCUCACAUCAGGAGAACAAAAACCUCUGACCUUCCACUUUUGGACCACAUUUUUGCAGAAGGACUUUAUUUUACCUUGGCAGAUAUAGUGCUUUUGCCAUGCAUCCAUCAGUUCUUGGUUUCCAGCAAAAAACAAGGCAAAAAUCUGGUAAAUUUGCCUCUGAUAUCCAGUUGGUAUCAAAGAGUUCAGGAAGUACCUGGAGUAAAGAAAGCUGCUGGCAAAUGCAAUAUGGAGCUUCUCCAGCUUCCAGAGUUGAUGUCUGCUCCAGAUGAACAGCUGCAAGACUUCUCUUCAGUUCCUGAUGAAUUAGAAGAGGAAAAUGAAGAUAGUCAUUUUAUAGGUGGCCCAAGGCCGACUAUGACUAAGUUAAUGGAAAAUGGUAUUGAAGCAAAGUUUUCUCCUCAUCCAUGCCCCAACUGGAUCCUAGACUGGACCAAUCUGCCAUCUGCAGUCAAUCCUGGAGAAGGAAGGAUGUCUAGAGACCGGGCUCUGAGGAAGCAGCAGCAAUUGAAUAAUUUGGUAGCAGCAGUGACAAAACUUGCUAAGCCUGGAGAUGUGAUUGUGGAUUUUUGCAGCGGAGGGGGCCAUGUUGGAAUUGUUCUUGCUCAUAUGAUGCCAUCAUGUCAGGUGAUACUCAUAGAAAACAAAGAGUUGUCUCUGAUCCGUGCUAAAGACAGAAGUGAUGAACUAGGUUUAAACAACAUUUGGUUCAUUCAAGCGAAUUUGGACUAUUUUAAUGGGACUUUUAACAUUGGGGUGGCUCUGCACGCGUGUGGUGUGGCAACAGACAUGGUGAUUGAACACUGCAUCAAGGCACGGGCAGCCUUUGUCAUCUCCCCGUGUUGUUAUGGCUUCAUUCAAAACACAGUGAAGUUUAAAUAUCCACGAAGUCAUCAAUUCAAAGAAGUUUUGUCCUACAAGGAGCACAUGAUCCUUUGCAGAUUUGCAGAUCAGACAGCUGUUCAGCUUCCACCUGAACGCAGGCUAAUUGGAAAGGAGUGCAUGGGGCUUGUGGAUCUGGAUCGGGCGUGGGCUGCAGAAGAACAUAACUACUCUGUCCAGGUUAUAUCCAUGGAGCCAGAGAGUUGUUCUCCAAAGAACAAUAUGUUGGUGGGCAUCCCUACUUAGAAUGUGAAACUUGCGUUUGAUUUGAAGUUGAACAUAAAUCUUCAGUGCGUAAGGACAUCCAGCAGAUAGAAGCAUAGCUGGGAACCAGACACCACACAUCUUGAACCCAUCGCAUUCGGAAGAGGAAGCAGCACAAAAAGUCUUAGAAAGUGAACUGCAUGCAGAGCCUCACAAAUCGUGCUUGUCAUGUGUCAUGAAGCAACUUUUGGUUCUCUUACUGCGAAGUUUCUGGAUCUAACAACUGUGCAUGGAAUCAUUUCCAUCUGUAAAAGUUUAGAGAAAGUUUGUCUCAUUGAAAGGAAGGUGAUU